GAGGCUGGCCUGCCGCCUGCUACUGAAAAACGGUUAGGGCUUUCAAAAGGUUGUCUUCCAGGCCAGACGAACGAGUUCCUAUUGUAAGCUGCGUUGUUGCAGAGAUGAAGUUCAAAGCUUUUCUGACUGACAAUGGUGUAUGCCUUUUGGAGAAGAGAUUCCUACCAGCUUUAGAUAAAAUGGGGAAAAUCUGCCAUCUCUACAUGACAAGAGACCAUUUUAUCUUCCUCCACAACCUCCUCAACGGCGACGGUGUUCAAUCCGUUGCUCAAUUUCGUAAAGAAGCUCUAUUUGACGAUUACCGUAUCUCCAGCCAAAACGAAGAUCGCAUCGCCUUCACAAUCGAUCUCUCACUUCUCCACCGCGCACUCCGCAGCAUCAUCGCAAUCCACGCCGAGUUCGCCGCAGGAGACGACGGUAAUGGAACUUCUAACCGUCUUCAAAUCAAGCUAGUCAAGAAACUUUCCCCUCACUCACAUCAACCAAUGCCGUUCUUAACAUUUGAAAGCAAAGGCUACAAAUCAGCCGUGAUUCAAGAUGUACCGAUUUCAAAACCUUUAUCGAGAUCUGACGUGCUUGAACUUCAAUCUGCGCUUGAUAUGGCUCAGGAUUUACCUCCAACGCUAGUUCAAGUUCCGGAUCUGAGUCAGUUACAGGGAUUUGUUGAUCGGAUGAAGCAUGUAGGUGACUUGAUUAACGUUUCCAUUAGCAAAUAUGGUGACCUACACUUGCAAAUAUCAACUACGUUGAUUAGCCUUGGAGCUGAGUUCAGGAAAUUGGUUGUAAUUGGAGAUCAGGUUCAGGCUCCGGUGGAAGAUAGAGAUUUGAGUGCUCAAACUCGGACACAGAAUGCAAUUCAGAGAGGAGAUGCUAUGACAGUUGAAGUCAGUGUAAAGCAUUUCUCAAAGAGUCUGCAAUGUCAUCUUUCGAAACCUGAUUGUGCAUUCUAUGGAAUUGCUCCACAGGGGGCUUGCUUGACGGUUAUAUUCCAGUUCUUUGUUCCAGGUACUCGUUUAACUGAUAAAUCGAUUAGUCUCCAUUGUAGGCUUCCUGUUCUUGAUCCUGGAGCAACUUGAACGUUUUGAUCAACUUUGAAUAUGAGUUAUAGUUGUAUUGAUGAGGAGAAAUUAAAGCUUAAUAGGGUUGCGAAUUACCAUAGUUUCUGAUCUGCUUGAUGGUAAUUAGGUUUGAAGAUGGAUUAUUGGAGUUCUUAUGUUUGUUAUUGUUAUAUGAUGGACUUGAGAUGAAACAUCAUUCUUCCUGCUUUAGAGAAUUGUACAACUUAUGUAGUAGGCAU